AUGGGCGACAUUGCAAUUUUGGUAAUUAGCGCCAUAACGCAGCAAGGAAGUUCAACGGAACUAAAAGGCACUCUCGGGCGAGUCGUGAUGUUCAUACUGUUCUUGGCUUUUGUGUUCCUGUACACUUCCUACUCUGCCAGUAUCGUCGCCUUGCUGCAGUCCAGCUCGAAUCGGAUCCGAACCUUGUCUGAUCUGCUCAACUCCAAAAUGGAAUUGGGUGCGGAGGACACGCCGUACAAUAGAUACUAUUUCGCGACUGAAACCGAACCAGUGAAAAAAGCGAUUUACAAAUACAAAAUAGCUCGUCGGGGCUCCAAAUCAAAUUUUUUGAAGUUAGAGGAUGGAGUUCGCAAACUGCAGAAGGAACCAUUCGCUUUUAAUAUGAACACUGGCCUCGGAUAUCGAUUGGUAGAACAAUAUUUUUAUGAACACGAGAAAUGCGGACUGCAAGAAAUCUCUUAUUUCCCGAACACCAAACCAUGGCAAACUUGUCGGAAGGACUCCCCGUAUAAAGAAAUGUUCAAGAUCGGAUCAUUCCGAAGCCAAGAGCAUGGCUUUAACGUUCGUGCAAAUAAAAUAGUGUACUCCAAGAAGCCGAUAUGCAUGACAAAAAGCGAUAUGUCUGUGAAGGAGGUGAGUAUUAUUGAGAUGACGGCUGAUAGAGGGAAGUUGAAGAAAAAAGAAGAAAGUGCCGACCCCACCUAUUGUGGGAUAAGGGCAGCGAAAGAAGAAGAGUACAGAUAUCCACAUGAUAGUGUAAUUAGUACAGCAACCGCUCAGUUACGAUGUUAUGCGUGCAGCUUUUCGUCAGUGGACUCAGAUCAGUCUUGUCUUACCAUUACCAACUCCACACCAUCUGUCGAUUGCCGAUUUACUUAUUGCACGAUUAUGCGACAAGAGUUUAUUGAUCCAAUUGGUGUCGUAGCAAGUUUUACACGUGGCUGUGAAGAAUCACCAGACUAUUUGAAUCACGAAGUAAUCGAUCCAACAUUUAAAACAUACUACCGUGCAUGUACCAAUGAUUUGUGUAACAUUGGAAAUGGAAUUCAGUCGAUUGUCGGCGGAAACUUGUCACCUACCCCAGAAUAUAAUGGUUUGAAUUUGCUUGUACCUGGUACCGAUCCGUUUUUAGCGCAGAGUGCAUACAGUAGUGAUUCCAAUGCAGACCACAGCGCAAAUAAAAAAAAUUCUAAUGCAGAAGGCAAUGCAAGCCACUUAAACCAAUAUAGUGAUCAGCACAGUAAUGAUGAUGAUAACAACCCCAAAUGUUGCAAGACCUUUUUUAGAAGAUCGCGCCCUAAGAGCUUAGUGGAAGGGCCCGGUGCCAAGAGUGGAACAAAUUCUAAACCUUCUAGUCCCAACAAUGAUUCCAAUAAUAGUUUAAGUGAUCACACUACAUCAGGCGCUCAAUCAAAAUCUGAUGAUAUUCCGAAGGCUACUGUAACCUUUACUAAGUGUGAUGAUGAUGAGAAAUAUUUUGAGCAAACAAGUUCGCUUGAAGGCAUUAAAUGCAAAAGUAAAUUGUUUGUAAAGCGUUUGUCAGCCGAUCAUUUAAUAUCUAAUGAUACCAAACCAUUAUAUCGUUCUUCCUCGCCUGAGAGCGACAGAAGUAGUUCACUUGACCGCAAAAGAAGGAAUAAAUCAACCAUCACUCGGUCAGCUUCUCGUGCUGGCAGCACUGACAGCUUGGCUCGCAACUCACUACUUGCUGCACAAGUGCUGCGACUAAUACCAACACAGGAGGCUAGGGAAAGGAACUAUCUUUAUGGGAGACUUGCAUCCCAUUCGCUAUUGGGGGCUGCGGAGUUAGAGCAUGUUUUUCCAGACCGAGAGGUUAAAAUAUUUAUAGGCACAUGGAACAUGAAUGGGCAGGCACCAUCAAGAGAGUUGGCAGAUUUUAUUUUCCCCACUCAAGUUACACAUGUGCCUGAUAUUUUUGCAAUUGGAACACAAGAAUCUUAUUCAGAGAGGACUGAGUGGGAAAUAACAAUCCAAGAAGUUUUGGGACCAUCACACUUGUUGCUUCAUUCCUAUUAUUUGGGCACUAUCCAUUUAACAGUUUUUAUAAGAAGGGACCUGAUAUGGUUCUGUUCACUGCCAGAAGAUGCGAGUUUGUCGGUUCGCCCUGGGACCGCAUUUAGGACAAAGGGCGCAGUGGCGAUAUCCUUCGCGCUUUUUGGUUCCACAUUUCUGUUUGUAACGGCCCACCUCACUGCCCACCAAGAGAAAGUUAAGGAGAGACUGUCCGAUAUCAAGAGGAUCAUUAGGUCCAUAGAUCUGCCGAAGAAUUUGCCAUGCAGGCAUAGAAGUAAAGAUGUCACCAACAACUUUGAUUAUGUUUUCUGGUGCGGCGACUUGAACUUCCGCCUGGGGGAGCCCCGAGCAGCAGUACUACGGUGGAUUGAGCAAACAGAAUUCCCCCUGCCGCCAUACCUGCCGCACGGGCUGCUGCACACCGACCAGUUGACUGCUGUGCUGGAAGAUGGCGCCGCUUUCAGGGACUUCCGUGAAGCACCAAUCACAUUCCCGCCAACGUACAAGUACGAUCCUGGCAGCCAACAGUUCGACACUUCGAGCAAGCAGCGAGCCCCGGCAUACACUGACCGAAUCUUAUAUAAGGCCAGGUCAAUGACCUCUAACUCUUCAUCCGCGUUCUCUGGUCUGCGUCGCGUCAGUACUGUGCCGGCGUGCGCUGGGCUGAAAUGCCUGGCGUACAAUUCGGUGCAGUCCGUAUGCACCAGCGACCACAAGCCCGUCUGGGCGCUGUUCUCCGCUGCUCUCCGGCCCGGCACCGACGUUGUACCACUAGCGGCGGGCCUUUUCAACCGCGAAGUUUAUCUCGAAGGUAUAAAACGGCGGCGGGCGUUGCUCGACCACGCGCCCGGCACUUCGGCCGUCUGCAGUUUGCAA